AUGAGUCUUCAUCUUCUCCGUUUCUGCCGCGCUCCUCUGCUCUCCUCCGCGAGUCUUCAUCUUCUCCGUUCGUGGCCGUUUGGAGCUGCAUUUUUCUGCUUCUUCUCUGCCGUUGAGACACCUGAGGAUGUGCCUCAGUUGAAUGAGGAUGUUCCUCAUGUGUCUAACGCUACUCCAGAGAUGACAGGCACCGUCGAUGCUGCAGAUGCAGAGGGAGUGGCUACUGAUGAUAGUGAAGGGUCACCUGCUACUGAUGAGGGAUUCCCUAGUGGGCCACGCGACCCAUCAGUUUUGACUGGCUUUGCUAAGCACGUGGCACAUAGCAUUUGGAGUGGAGAUGAACGACACGAGCUGAAGUUGGUCUCCCAUGGUAGAAAAGUAGAUAAAUUUGGGAGACCAGCGCUUGAGAUAGAAGGCAUGAUUGCGGCAACCGGAUUGAGUCCACUGAUCAUGUGUUCGAUAAUCACCACUGAUCUUGGACUUAUAUCCGCCUUCGUUGAGAGGUGGCAUAGGGAGACCAGCACCUUCCACCUGCCAGUAGGAGAGUUGACGAUCACUCUGGAUGACGUGGCGUCACUCCUACAUAUUCCCAUCACUGGCGCACUGCAAAGCUUCGAGCCACUGGUUACUUCCGACGCAGUCGUGCUGUUGACAGAGCUGCUUGAGGUCAUCCCUGAGGAGGCUAGAGCUGAGACCCAUCAGGCAUCUGGGCCUCAUGUUCGGUUGUCCUGGCUUUGGGAGGUGUACCAGAGCAGGUGUCGGGCCAGACGGUGGGUUGUAGCACUCUUUUCGCUAACAAGAGUGCAACACAUGUUCACGUCAUGCACCUGGAGGCUUUUAGGGACCUGGCCUAGCCAGGGGGAUUCUCUUGGGGAGUAG